AUGUCAAAUAGCUCUGUGAAUCAGAUGCAAGCUGACCUUUUCUACUCUUCAAAUAAGCAAUCUGAGCAGAUACCUUCGCAAAGGUCAAUGUCUAAUUCAAUGUAGAAUUCAAUGAAUCAUAAUACUAACGAUCACAAAGAUCAAGUUAAUUUCAACUAAAGAUCUAUAGCCUCAUCGUGCACAGAUUCAUCAAUGCCACUUGAGUAAACGAUUAAUCUUAGAAGUCUGCAGAAGUAAGUCUAAAAUAUUGAGGAUAAGUAAAGUAUGGUCAUGUCCAGAACAGAUUGGUUUUCAUUUUUGAAAAUAGCUUACAACCAGCUAGCUAAAUUGGAAUAAAAUAGCAGAAGAAGUGACUCUGAUAGUAAAAGUGAUAGUGAGUUAAUAUCAUUGGUGAUAAAAGAUAACUUUGUAAAAAUAAUAGAGUUCAAUCUUAAUAAAAUACCGCUAAAGAAGGUUGAAGAUUAUUUAGGAUCUAAUUUAGAUUCUAGUUGUAAAAAAGCAGGGAAUUAAAUCAGAAAAGAAAAAUACUUGUCAUUUGAUCAAGUUAUUACCUGUUUAAAAUCAUUAAAUACUAAUGAAUUCGAUUAGGUGCAUUGGGAUGAUAUAAUUGACAGUCUUAUGGCUUAGAGUUAGCAAAUUUCAUCUCGUUAAAUUUAGUCCAACACUUAAGGAUCCUCAACAGCUCUAAAUGAAAUUGAGUCAAAGUAUUAGGAAAGCUAGAGAAUUAAAUAAUUAGAGGAUGAAAUCAAGGGGAAUAUAACAAAAAUCGUUUUAAAGGAUGAAUCUAUCUUAUUCGAUUUAUCCAAAGUUUAAGGCUAACUCUAGAAUACAAAAGUUGAUAUAAUUAGGCUUUUAAAAAAUCUCAUGAAUAAUUCGUCACUAGCUACUGUCAGAGCCAUGUCAUUUUCCUAAUUAAAAUUAAACAACUUAAAAGAUUUCUAAGAAAUUAAUGCAUUUUAGUCACUAGUUAUAUUAAAUCUCUCUAGCAUGGAUAUUGAUCCUAACUUACUAAGAAACAUUAACUUUAUUAGUUUGCAAUAUCUUAACAUAGCUAAUAAUUAACUUAAGGAGAUUAAUCUAAUAAGCAGUAACCUAUCCAAAUUAAAAGAAUUGAAUGUUUCACACAAUAGAUUUAUCACAGCAAAAAAUUUUUCAAAAAUAGAAAAUCUAAAGUUGCUUGAUCUUUCAUUCAAUCAGAUAGACCUUUACGAGGAGAUAAUUUGCUUAGCUUUUACCUAAAGUCUUGUUGUGCUAAAUUUGGCUGGAAAUCCAAUAUGCUAUGUUAUUGAGAACAAAGAAUGCCCUAAAUUCUUAGAAACUGUGAAAAAAUUGCUGCCUAAGAUUAUGAUCUUCAACCCACCAUUCAUAAGUAAAGUGUCUUGCUUUGAAAAUUUUAAAGAUUUAGCUUUUUCAAUUGGAAGGAUGGAUGGUCAGCAUUCAACAAGUUAAAGUGUACAAAGUGAAUUUAAUUCAAGCAGAGUCCUAUAGAAAUAAUUGAAUCUUUAGAACUACAUCCCUUAAAUUCAGCCUAACAAAGAUAAUUGCUAAACAAGAUCUAAUAGUGUUUCAAGAUCAGCUACUCCUGAAUAAACUUCUUCUAGACAAGUAAGUGUAAGAUAAAUUGAAUCUAGAAAGAGCUAAUCACCUUAAAAUUAUUAAUACUAGCAGGUGCAUUCUCCCUAUGAUUAUCCAAAGAUUAGAGAAGUUGAGUAAAGAGCUUCUCCCUUUAAUUUAGAUAAUGAAUCAAUACAAUUGAGAAGUACUCCGAAGAAUCUUAUAAGUGCAACAGAUAAUUUCUCAAAUGCAAAUAUUUUAAAUACCUCUAAUUUUGAUAAUGCUAGUACUUAUGAUUCUAAUAUACAUAAAAAACUAGAAGAUACUCAUAAGAUUCAAAUAAAAAAUGAUCACCUAAAAUACUUCAACCCUUAUAAUAAAAAUACGGAUAAUUCCCCGUUAUCAGAGUGUGAAAGAAGAUCUAUAUCAUCAUAACUAACUAAUAUUCUAAGUCCAUAUGAUAAUAUGAAUCCCUUAUAAAAUAGUAAAAAAGAGGAGAGAUAAAAACCACCAAGAUAUAUAAGAAUCAAGCCUACUUCAUAUACAGGAACCGACAACUCAUUUACUAAUGUUGAUACUUAAAAUUAGAACUCUUCAAGAACUUAAAUUCAUGAAAAUCGAAUGUAGAUUCCAGUGUCAGCUGGUGGAGGGAAUAUAUCUAUUAUUUAAUCUUUGAAUAAUCAAACAAUAAUAACUCAGGCAUCUGAACUUCAUUAAAACUUACUUAGAUCUAAUUAAAAGCAUCAGAUAAAAAGGGAUAUGUCAGUUAAACUUAACUCUCAAAAUUAAUAUAAAAACUUCGACUUGAUCUAACAUCCGGUUAAAAGAGAAAAUUCGAUAUAAUCGAUGGGAAACAAAGGAUCAAAUAGAUUUAUUAAUGAUAUCACAGUUAAUGAUGAAAAUUCAGAUAUGGCUCACUACUAUGAAUAGUAAAUUUCAUCUAUGAACAUUAAAAAGAUUAGAGAGAUGCCCUCAAAAGAGAUAUUCAAAGUAGCUAAUACAAGUAGCUCAAACAUAAUAGAUACCAGUGUAAGUCCAAUUAAAGCCAUGAUGAUAGCAAAACCUCCGGAUGAUUAAGUACGAUAAUCUUCGAAAUCACUGUCUAGAUUAGGAUAAGGGCAAGGAUCAAAUACAAAUCGAACUUCAUUAAAAAAUAGUGAGAGAUAAUCUAUGCUAGAUCAUGAUAGAAUCAAUUAAUUCACACCAUAAAAGUUUAAGAAUCAAAGAAAUUUCAUCAGAGCUGGCUCUUAAAAUAAAAAUUCAAAUAGUAGAGUUGUUGGAAAUAGCAACCAUAUGAGAUUGAUUACUUAGUCAAGUGAAAAAGUUGAUAGAUCCUUGAUAAUGAUUCAGCAUAAUAAGACUUAGAAUGUUCAGAUAAAAAAUCUUAUUAUGGACAACUCAUAUGGUAAAGAUCUACUAGGAAAUCUCAAAUCAGAUUAAACUUUCAAUCAAUUGCAACAAAUAAGGUCUUUCUAAGGAAUUUAAAAUGAAUCAAAGAUCAAGAUUCUACCCCAAAUUAGUCAUCAUAAAAAAUCUUCUAUUAGGUCCCAACCUCAAAGUGAAAAAGAGCUCUCAAGCAAGAGACCAUAUCACCACGCUAGAAUAAGCUCUUAUAGUCCAAAUCAUGGUCAAGAAGAUAAAGUUAAGUCAUUUAAAAUAGCUGCACUUGAAGGUGUGAGUCCAAGAACAGCAAAAUAAGCUUCCUUAGCUAAAAUUAAUGAUUUCGAUUAAAAACUAUCAAAUGUUACAAAUAGUAAAAGGGAGUCACAGAAGUUCUAGCCGCAGAUAAAGACUCAAGAAUUCUAGAUUAGUAAGAACGGAGAAUACAUAAAUACUUAACAAACAAAGACUAGCAGUGAUAAUGGAGGUAAUAAUACACCUAGAUUUUCUCAAAGAAAUAAUCUCUAGAAAGAAGUUAGGUACUAAGAUGCAGUGGAAAUAAUCAAUCACAAAAGAAAGAAAGUUGAAAAUAAGAAGAACUUGUACAACUCUAUUGCAGGCAAAGCUUAGGGCAAAUCGAGCUAAAACAAAUCAAGAUAGAGUUCAAAUUCUGGUUUAAGCAAUAUCACUAAUAGCCAAAAAGUCGCAAACUAGAAUAGUUUAAACUCUCAAAUGAGUAACUAGACAAAAACAUCAAACUCAAUUCUGAAAGAAAAUCAUAUUGGUGAAAGAUAAUAACAGUAUAAGUAAACUGCUAAUUUUUACAAUGAAGGGCCAUCUUAAUGUUAACAAUUAAGCAAUGGUUGUUUUAAAUUAAGUAUUGACUUAAGACAAAGAAGGUGA